AUGGGGAAAAAUCGCAGAAACCGCCAACGCGACAAAGCGCAAUUGCUCCCUGAACAAGUUCCUACCGAUCAAGAACCUGCCGUCAUGGUGGAUGCUGCCACCCAGUCUCUUGACUCAAUAAUCAACUCUGCGACCGACAAGGAGACCGAUAAUGGCGAGCUCGAAGCCCGUGAAAGCUCACUGCAGACCCAGAGCAGUGGAAGCCUCAAGAGAUCUGCCCCGGACGAUGAUGAUGACAAUGAUGGGUGGCAGAAGGUAGAACGGUCGAACAAGAAGCGCAAGAAGCUCCCUCGCGAAGGCUCCAGCAACUAUCCUGCCAUCACAUUUUCCUCGAGUGCGAAGAUCUUCUCAAAAAUCAACCUUGCGAUGUUGCGCGAUUUGGUUUUGUACAUAUUCGCAGACGGCACUGGGCCCAAUUGGGUUUCUGUGUCCCACCGACCAAACUUCAGAAAGAUUGUAGUAUUGAUGGUCCCAGGACUGGAGGAAGCCAUGUUCAAAGAAACGGUUAACUUCGACAAGUACGGGGCACGUCCAGCCAAUCAUAAGGAGAGUGAAGAUACAAGUCCCGACGACUACUACCCCCGACCUCUUACUGCAGAACGACUACCACUUGCGCUUCAAGGAUUCGCCAAGAUGUUUCCCCAUCUUUGGCCUGUCAAAGCCCCUGGUGACGACAAAUAUAUGAAACUACACUCGCCUAUGGGCACUUUUCUGACCGCGCCGAUGUCCAAAAACAAGGACGACAGAAAAGGCCCAAGACCGGCUCGAGAACCAAGUGGGUGGAAGAAUGAGCGAACCCGGAUAACCGAAUUCUUGGCAUCUCUUGAAGAACUGGAGGUCGCUGGACAUCUGAUUCAUCCUGCACUUAUUGAGAACGAGGAGAGAAGAGCAGCCUUCAAAGUCCCUGAAGGGUGGGCAAUCUCAAAAGUUGAUAAACUUGAGGAUGGCGACGUGCCCGAGGCAGAGAUUGACCAAGGCAGUCUCACUGCCGGGCGAGAAUGUUUGGCUUUGGAUUGCGAGAUGUGCAUGACGGGCGAGAACGAAUAUUCUCUGACACGCAUCAGCAUUAUCUCCUGGUCUGGGGAUCUGAUCAUGGAUGAGCUGGUCAAGCCAGAGAAACCCAUUAUCGAUUACGUAACCCGGUUUUCUGGUAUCACAGAGGAGAUGCUGAAGCCUGUUACCACAACUCUCCAAGAUAUUCAAAAGAAGUUGGUCGAAAUCGUCACACCGCGCACCAUUCUCAUUGGACACUCGCUUGAGUCUGACCUCAAGGCUCUUCGUUUCUCACACCCUUUCAUUGUCGAUACUUCUCUAAUAUACCCUCACCCGCGAGGGCCUCCUCUGAAGUCAUCACUCAAAUGGCUGACUCAGAAGUAUAUUAACCGCGAGAUCCAAAAGGGUGGUGCCAAUGGUCAUAACCCAAUCGAAGAUGCCCGCGCCUGCCUCGACCUUGUUAGACAAAAGUGUGAGAAGGGAAAGAUGUGGGGCGCAUCUGAUUCUCAAGGCGAGAAUCUUUUCCGGCGCUUGGCCAGGGCUGGGACAGCAUACAAGGCGCAGGGCGGCGAUGCAGGCGGUCAAGUUACAGGCAAGACCAGUGCUGCAGUGGACUGGGGCGACCCGUCCAAGGGGCCUGGUGCUGGUGCAACACAUCAAAUCGGUUGCAAAUCUGACGCAGAUGUUGUCAACGGCGUCAUUCGCGCUGUGAAGGGUGAUGCAGACGGGCUAGAGAUCCCCGGCGGCGGUGUUGACUUCGUAUGGGGUCGCAUGCGAGAGCUUGAGGCACUCCAGGGUUGGUGGAAUAAGAAUCGGGUCGACAAUGCCAGCAGUGAUGGUGGUCCGCCCGACAUUGAUCCGACGGAGCUUGAUGCACAGCUCGGCAAAUCGCCUCUCGAGCAAUGUCUGGCUCGUCUAUCAGUGCGUCUACAGACUAUUCACGCCAAUCUUCCGCCUUGUACGGCAUUCAUUGUAUACACGGGCUCUGGCGAUCCACGUGAAAUGAGCAAACUUCAGGCAAUGCACUCACAGUGGAAACGUGAGUACAACACCCCAGGAAUGAAAUGGGAUCAGCUGUCAGUCAAGUGGACAGAUGAGGAGGAGCAAGCCCUGCGACGUGCAGUCAGAAAGGCCAGGCAGAGCAUUGGGUUCAUUGGAGUGAAAUAA